AUGGGACAAAUCAUUCGAUUUUUAUUGAUAAAUAAUGAAGCAGUGAUGGAAAUUCGGAAACUGGAUGUGCAUUCUGUUGACGACUUUGAGCAUCUUUGGGCGGUUGAUAAUUGUGCGAAUCAAACAGUGCGAUUACCAAUAACAGACAUUAAAUCAAAACUGGUUUAUAUUUCGAUUAAAUCUCUGCUAUGUCAUGAACCUAAUAGAAAUUAUUUAUGUAUUCAACCCAAUGAAUUUGAGGUUCAAUAA